AUGCAAGUGCCUCCUAUUUUUAUGGAAUUGCCCUUAGAAGAUCAGGUAAUUGAUGAAGAUAUAAAAAUAUCUAAGAUUCGAAAAGAAAUUUUAUACAAAAUCUAAAUGACAUUCAUAUAUGUAACUCAAAAAUAUAGGUUAUAUUCAAUUUUUUAUAAUUCUCUAUUAUUAUUUAAUUUUAAACUUUAUUUUGACAGAAUUGAUGUUAAAACAAAUUUUAAUUAAAUUUCUGUGUUUUAAAUUAACGAUUUAUUUUCAGGCGCAAGAACUAAGAAUAUAUUUUAAAAAUUUAGGAGCCGAGAUAAGCGAAGAAAAGUCUCCUAAAGGAAUAGAAGAUGAUUUACAUAAAAUUAUCGGUGUUUGCGAAGCUUGUUUCAAAGAAGGGAAUGAAAGUGAAAUAGAAACAGUUCUAAAUGAUAUUGUAUCUAUUAUGAUUGUGAUUAUGGUUAUUAUUUCAAUCUCUUCCUGAUGAUUCUCCUAUGAGAUAUCAUGUUUAUUAUCAUUUAGUUCAAAUUGCUCGCAAUGUGGAUCAAGUAAAAGCUGUAUAUGGUGGAAUAGAUCAAUUAAAACAACAGUUUGCAUCACUGCCACCAUCAAAUGAACAAAUGCAAAAAUUACUUCGAUUACUUCAUGAAGUACUUUUGAGUUGCAAACAGGGAGAACAAGCUGCUGCUGUUAUGGUAGAACUCUUAGGCACGUAUACUGCAGAAAAUGCUUCUGCAGCUAGAGAAGAUGCACAACGUUGCAUUCUAGCUGCAUUGGCUGAUCCAAAUACAUUCCUACUAGAUCCAUUGUUAGCAUUAAAACCUGUAAGAUUUUUGGAAGGGGAACUCAUUCAUGAUUUACUUCUUGUCUUUGUACAAGAUAAAUUACCUGCAUACUUAGAUUUUUAUCAACAUCACAAAGAAUUUGUAGAACAUCAGCUUGGAUUAAAUCACGAACAGAAUAUGAAAAAAAUGAGGUUAUUAACGUUUAUGCAACUGGCAGAAACAAAUCCUGAAAUGUCGUUUGAUACAAUUCAGGAAGAAUUACAAAUUAAUGAAAAUGAAGUAGAAAGUUUUAUUAUUGAUGUUUUAAAAACAAAACUUGUUAGAGCUCGUAUGGAUCAAGCUGGACGUAAAGUUCUUAUUUCAAGUACUAUGCAUAGAACAUUUGGUAAACCACAAUGGAUGCAACUGCGCGAUUUACUUGCAGCUUGGAAAGCAAAUUUAACUGCUGUACAAGAAGGUAUGAAAUCUGUAGCUGCUGCCCAAAUGGAACUUGCUGGAAAAAAUAAAGCUUCCAUUACCCAUUGA